AAUCUGCAUAACGUGCGCCAGCUGUAGCCGAGGGCUGAAAGCGGGUCGUCAGCUUUGUCACGCGCUGUUGCGUGACUGUAAACCAAACCACAAAAUGCCUCCAGAGCCUGUCGGGGGCUGGCGUGUGGCUCCCGAGCUGCUGGACCAUGAGGAAUCCAAAGAUCACGGCAGGAACGGCAAGCGGGACCCUCACACGCGAUGUGGGCGGACCGAUGACCUGCCGCACCAUCACCUCAGCCCUCCCAGUCCUUCACAUCAGCUUCAAAUAAAGCGAGUGCAGAUGGUCCACAUCUGCCAAUCAACAGCGACCAUUCCUGCUGGAGUCCAGUGGAGACACACAGUAGUCCUGGUAGUCCAGCUGUCCUGCAGGAAGUUCUGCAGUGGGAAUCUUGUCUAUGGAAACUUAGCUGGCUACUUUGAAAGAGGGGUCACGACGUGGGCCUCUGCCAUAACAGAAGCAGUGUGUCUGCCAGAUGGAGAUGGAGGACCGGUCUGGAGUGCCACGGCGAAUCAGGGGAGCUCGUCCAAGAACCGGGCCCCACCGGAGACAAGCCCGGGGGACAGGCCCGAUGAAGUUCAGCGCCUGGGCGUACGGGGAGAUCGGCGCAUCGCAAAUAGAAUUGGUGCCGCGGUGCACCGCUGCGUUCGGCUGGCCACCGAGGGCAGGGCUGGGGACGCGGCGCAGUCCGAUCGCGGGUUAAACGGAUGCGGCAGAACAUCGUGGGUCUGAGACGGCACUUUGGCCCCCUCCCGCGGGCUUAGAAUCCAGCGUGGCUGUGAAUAGAAGCGCCGCCAUUUCUUAUCCCUGGAGCCAGGCGUCCUCCAUCCUGACACAAGGUGUUUGAUUUUAGACUCCAGCCUUGACCUUUCACCUCUGCCUGGUUUGCCUCUGUCCCCAUUAUGCGCGAUAGCCUGUGGCGGCUAGGAGGAAGCUGCCUUCUUUGAUCCGAAGCCCACAAGGAUUAAAUAAAGAGUGACAGGGUGCUCCAAACUAAAAUACAAAGAAGGUAGGAGGAGGAGGAGGAAGAAGAAGAAGAAGAAGAAGAAGAAGGCAUAGAUGCCCGCUCUGAAUGAGACGUUCAGCUAUACAGCAUAACGCAACUGGCACCCAAGGUUCAGUGGUCACUUCCAGCAGACACAGGAUGGAAACCUGCUUUGACCUCAAAGAUAGAGGCUCAAGUCUGCCUGGCAGCCUUGAAUGCUGCUUCCUGCCCCAGCAACUUUUCUCACUCUGGCUAUUGGUGGGCUGUCAGGAUCACAUGACCAGGUGCAGGCCAAUCCUAUAAAUGAUGAAUCACACAAGGGCACCACAAUGACACACAGAUACGUGGAGGGAUACAAAUCACUGAGGUGAAUGGGAAACGGCUGGAGACUUGCCUCUCGGAGUGAACUGAACCUAUCAGAGAGUGGAGCAGAGCGACGCUUAGAGUUGCACUGGAAAACGCAGCUGUUCAGAUAUUCAGCAACCCCAUUUACAGGAGACGGCCCAGAUCCCCGGCAAUCUGUGUUUCGCAUGCCUUCCGGCGAGCAUCUGUCCGGCCCACCCCCCGUCACGAGGGAGAGGGGCUGCCUGCUGGACUUCAAACGCAUCAUCAGCUCCUUACAAGACAAGGGAGACUGCGGGAGAAACCGGAGCAACCGGAUCCCG